AUGCCUGGGGGACCCUCCUUCAGGAAACAGCUCGUGGUGCUGCAGUUGGCACUGCUCUGGGCAGCCGCUCUGGGAAAGGAGGUGGUGCUGGGUGAGGUGGGCAAGACGGCCGAGCUCCCCUGCAAAUCCACCAGCCACUUCUUCAUUUGGAAGACGAAUGGCACCAAGCUUGUGAGCAAACAGAACCAGCACUGUCUGAAAGAGGGGCCAUGUCCGUGGAGCUGCCCCGCCUCUUCCAUGUGGCUUCUACUUCCAGGUCCCGUACAGCAAAACCGCUACGAGUGCAAAAAGAGCGAGUGGGAUCAAGGCUCUUUUCCUAUGAUAAUAAGGAAUCUUGAGAUGCGAGACUCCGGCAAUUACAUCUGUGAAGUGCAGACCGGGAGGAAUGAGGUUCAACUGCUGGUGUUUAAAUUGAAGAGCUCUCCAGGAACCCGUCUGCUGCAAGGGCAGAAACUGACCCUGACCUUGGAGAGCCCCGUGGGUAGCAACCCCUCAGUGCAAUGGAAGCACCCAAUGGCUAACAACAGGAAUGAGGACAAGAGCUUCUCGGUGGCCCAGGUGCAGUCCCAGCACAGUGGCACCUGGACAUGCACGGUCUCCCAGGGCCAGAAGACGCUGGAGCUCCGCGUCAACAUCCAAGUACUGUCUUUCCAGAAUGAAGCUACUAUCAUCUACAAGAAAGACGGAGAGCAGGCAAAAUUCUCCUUCCCACUGAACUUCCAAGGGGAAAACUUGAACGGGGAGCUGACGUGGCAGGAAGAGGGGACCUCCUCCCCCAGGACCUGGAUCAGCUUCUCAUUUAAGAACCAGAAGGUGACCACAACAUCGGACAGCAAGUUCCAGCUGGACAGCUCCAUGCCGCUCACCUUCACCAUGCCGCAGGCCUUGCCUCAAUAUGCUGGUUGUGGAAACUUGACCCUGCGUCUCCCAGGGGAGGGAACAGUCCAGCAGAAAGUGAGCCUCGUGGUGAUGAGAGUGGCUCAGUCGCAGAACAAGUUGCUCUGUGAAGUGUUGGGACCCGUUCCCUCCACGAUGAUGCUCAGCCUGCAGCUGGAAAACCAGACUGCAAAGAUCUCCAGGAAGCAGAAGCUGGUGCAAGUGUCCGACCUUGAGACGGGGACGUGGUUCUGCCGGCUAAGUGACAAGAGCAACGUUCUGCUUGAAUACACGGCUAAGGUUUCGCCCCCAGACCACUUCUCCAAUCAGCCCGCGAUCCUCCUGGGUGCAGGGCUGGGCGGCGGCCUCCUGCUCAUCCUCCUUGUGUGUUGCAUCUUGUGCGUCACAUGCAGGAACAGGCGGCGCAAGGCACAGCGGAUGUCUCAGAUCAAGCGGCUCCUCAGUGAGAAGAAGACUUGCCAGUGUCCCCACCGGUUACAGAAGACAUGCCACCUCGUUUGAGGGAGCUUCCAGCUCCCAGCCUCCCAGGCCACCUGCCCCUCGGCUUCCCGCUGGGCUCUGGGGAGCUGCAGACCAGACGAAUGUAGCCUGUGCCCACGCCUCUGACCACCUGUCUCCCCGUCCACAACAUGCCCCUGGGCUGCCUCCACUUGUGGUCCAAGUCCUUUGGUCAGACUCCAGUCCAGUUGGUUAGACUGUCUGGCUUCCAGCCUUCCAGAGAAGAAUCACACCACUUCUGGCCCUGUUGUCCUCGCACACAACCCCUAGCCCUUUCUGAUGAUUUCACCUUGACCUCUCCCCCACUGUCCACUUGGAGCCCAGGGGAGAGAGCACAGGACUGUCCUCUUACAGCAGAGGACCCAGAGCCAGAAGAGGCAGGGACUUUGCCCAAGCUCCCACAGCCUGUCAGGACAGACCCAGCUCCAAAGACUGCGCUCAGUUGGCAGGGCCAGAACUGGACACGCCCUGCACAUGCACAGCCACACACCUGCACACCAUUCCUUAUGAGGCAGGGGGCAUCUGUCAGCCGACACACGCGCACUGUCUAUGUGAACCUUAGGAAAACCCCCAUGGCUCUGACAGUGACAGGGCAUCUCCCGGUGUUUGGGAGGCAGAGAGGUCAUCUGAUUGCUGGACAUCACACAGUAAGUGCUAGAAUUGGGGUUGACCAGGUCUCCAGCUCCUAGUCUAGUUGUGCUACUGCUGUUUCUAGAACAGGAGGACAACUAGCACACCGGUGUUUGCAGCUGGCCGGUCACUGGCGCCCAGUGUGUACCUACGGAUUCACAGGUGCUCACCGCCUUAGAGAGGGGCCUUCCUGCAUAAAAUCCCUCGCUUGUCACCUUCUGGUGGCAGAGCCUUGUUACCAGAGAAAAAAGCCUUCCAGUUCUCCUAAUCGGAGCACAGUCCUGUGUGAGAGAGUGCCCAGCGACCUGCCACUGGUUCAGUACAGAAAGUGAGCUUUGUUAGGGGGAGGGGACUGAGAGUUAGCCAGAGGGUGAAGGCCAUCAUGGGACCUCUUGUGAAGGUAAAGGUACCUGAGCCCCAAUCUUCCCGCCCUGCAACCUCCCUGGUGGCCUGAAACCAUUCAGAAGGGAGAAGCAUGGGAUCCAUUCGGAGGGUUCCUCCCACCCUCCUCGGCCCCUCAUUUCCUCUUCCUCAGCCCUCCCCAACUCACACACCUAUUUCCCUGUCCAGCUUGCCUCUUCCAGAGAACCCCCUGGUGGCUGUCAGGGAUCCCCAUUGCCUACCUUGUCCCCUUCCCCACCCCACCCCUGCCUCGG